AUGGCAGCCCAACUCAUGGGAGCUCCCGCUUUUUUAAGCGCGCUCCAGCAUGUGGCAGUUCUCGCGCUCACCAAGAAUAACAACCGCCCGCAACUCGUCUACAUUCGGUUUCUGGACAACUUCAGCUGGAGUAUUUUCCUCGUGCCAUCACUCUCAGCCACGACCGUGCCGUCAACGUCGACUGCCGUGUCCACCGCAGUCUUGGGUCGCGGCCUCACGUCGUACGACCCCUCUGGCUUUGUUCAGUUUGCGCUGCGGUCCGGCGUCCGCGAGCAAGACUGGUUUGUGCGCUUGAUGGCCACGGUGCUCUGUGUGAUUGCACUGCUGCUGCUGGUUAUCGCUGCAUCGGGGGCGUGGGCGUACGUGGCAUCGCGCGCUGCCGUCGGAUACGACUCUGAGAGCGCGAGCGCUCAUUCGCGCUACGUGCAACUGCGGACGCUCUCGCACCAGUGUCUCGGGCUUCUUGUUGUCAUCGGAUUCUUGGCCGUGUUGCCGCUCACCUACAUCGCCGUCGUUGAGCUCCUCCAGGACGGUUCGACGUCGCUGUGGUCGUCAACGAACGGCCUCCUUGCCGUUGCGACACUGCUGCUCUUGCUUCUCAGCACUGUCGUCCUCCUUCAGUGGCUGCACCGGCAGUCGCGCAUCGCCCUCGCCAAGUGGCGUGUCCGCAUCGUCUUUGGCGUUUUGUACGCCAACAUGCAGUACGACCGCCGCUGCUUCAUCGGCGCAGUCUUCUUUCUCGAGACUGUCAUCGCCGGUAUCGUCGCCGCACUCACACUCGACGGCGUCUCGCAACUGCUUGCGCUUAUGGUUGUCCACGGUCUCUUCGUCCUCCUCAUCUUGCACCGGCGUCCGUUUCCGAGCCGAGUGCAUUUGCACGCUACGCUCGGCGUCGAAGGUUUCCUACUGAUCCUCUACAGUAUUGGCGCCGGUUUGAACAUGCGCAUUACGAUUCAAACGCAGCUCGUCCUCUCGUACACUGCCGUGUCGCUCAUCACUCUUGCGGUCGUCGGCGUUUGGGUCCGGCAGCUCGUGCUUCUUGCCAAGUACGCUGGGUGCAGUACCAACAAGGCGGCGGAGGCGGGCGACAACGCGCUCCUCGAAAUGGGCCACUUGCCUCUAACGACAUCGCGUGGCCGGCCUCGACCACCGGCGGCCACACUUUAG